AUGGCUACUUAUACCCCAAAGAGCAUCCUGUUCAUUGCAUCCCAUAUCCUGUUCAUUGCAUCCCAUGUUGCCAACCGGCUCAUCCGUAAUUACCCUGACUACAAGAUCGUUGUACUCGACAAGCUUGAUUACUGCUCGAAUCUAAACAACCUCCUCCCCUCUAAAUCAUCUCCUAGUAUCAAGUUUGUAAAGGGCGACAUUGGCAGUGUUGACCGUGUCAACUACCUUCUCAUCAUCGAGUCUAUUGACACUAUAAUGCACUUUGCAGCCCAGACCCAUGUUGACAACUCAUUUGGUAACAACUUUGAGUUUACCAAGAAUAAUAUUUAUGGUACGCAUGUGCUUUUGGAAACCUGCAAGGUCACUGGCUGGAUCAGGAGGUUCAUCCAUGUGAGUAUAAACGAAGUCCAUGGCGAGACAGACGAGGAUGUUGUUGUGGGAAACCAUGAGGCUUCUCAACUCCUACAAACAAACCCAUACUCUACAACAAAAUCUAGCAGAAAUGUUUGUCAUGGUAUCUAUAAUUCUGUGGAUACUAGGGUUUGUUGCAUGCUUCGUGAGAAAAUUGCUCAGAAGCUAGAUAUGGUCAAUGGAGUGCUCUUCACAGGAGGCUGGGCCAAAACUGGUUUGUACUAUGAAGUUGUUGAGGGGAUAUUUAAGAUGGAUAUGUGGAUUUGA